CCUGACAGGUUAUAUAGAACACCCCUGCGUGGUUUAGUGGGUCACACUGGAGAGUUUAACGCUAGUCGAGUGAAAUCACCGCGAGGAUGAAGUAGUAGAGAAACUAUACACAAAUAUAUAAUACACAUCAAUCCUUUCCGAAUAUUUUACUAUCAGGUUUCAAGAUGAAGCUCUUGCUCUUAUUAUUACUUCCUAUGGCUAUAUCUGCUUCCGAACACAGAGAGAAAAAACAGUUUGGUUGGCUGUUUGGAACUAAUAAAGCAGAAGAGAAUCCCCCCCAGCGUAGACCUAAACCUUUUAUCAAAACUCAGUAUUCUCGUCAACCUGUAAUUAAACCUCUUCCUGCAGAUAGAGCUGACCGUAGACUCCAACCUUCCUUCAGAGGACCAACCAACUACAACCCACAGGCUGAAGCGGCUGCCGCUGAAUUCUCCAGUAGAAAACUUCUAAUGCCAGUUAUAAUUUCAUCAUACUCCUCUACUAAUAUUCAAGGGAACGGUAAAGCUGAUAAAAUUGAGCCAAUUGGUCAAGAAAAUGAUAUCACUGGAGAUCUUGAGACACAAGAUGAUCUGAAGAGAGAUGAAGACGACCUAGCAGAUACUCAGGCUACUCAACAAGUAAACAACGCUCUCUCUGAACCUUCACAAUUAAGACCAAAGCCCAGCACUGGAUCCCAGGGCGAAGAUUUAGACUUAAUAGAUCUAGAAGAUUCAUCUCCUUAUCUUCCCUCUAUACCUUCGUCGUUUGAUAGAGAUAACCAGGCGAUAUCACCAAAAGAGAGAUACCAGCUAAUUGUAAAAGAUACCAGGGUAAAUUUAAAUGAGGACAAUAUUGAAAACUUUGUUGGACUGGAGGAAGAGUUUGAGAAACUAGUUGAAGAUGAUAUUGUUGAAUCUGUAUUCAAAGAAGAGGAUGAUCUUGAGAAUGUUCUUGAUGCUGAGCAGGUGGAAGAGAUAGAUCAGUUGGCAGCUCCAGUUUCAGAAAUCCAACCUGUUAGUGGACAAUUUAAUGAAAACAUUCCUCCACCUCGACCAAUUGGACCCAUCGGACCUCCUCGACCUUUAAGACCUCAGAGACCCAAUGGACCUCCCCGUGGACAAGGUUUAAGUCAGGUCCCGACCCGACCCUUUACUGCUGACGAGUCUGAGGAGGAGUCCUCCAUCUUUGAUUUUAUUCCGUUCUUGAAGAAAAAACCGAGCAAAACAGCAAAACCAACUAAUCCUAACAGGAAUCCGGGAAAACCAGUUUUCCCGCCAAAACGAUUUCCUCUAGUUCCGCCCUCACAAACACAAAUACCAGUCAAUCCAGAGGAAAAUACAAUCGUAGUUGAGAACCCUGAGAGUUCAACUCCUGUAGUAGCAGCUGACAUCAUUGGUUCCAAUGACACGGCUAGAAUUGACACAGAACCUGAACCCUUUAUAGUUACCGGACAGCAGAUUCCAUCUAAUGUCAAUAAUCAGAAUUAUCCUCAACCUCGUCCUCAAGGAUUCAGGCGUCCUAACCUUCCUCCUCAAUCUCGUCCUCUUCAGCACAACCAGCUUCGUCCGGCUCGUCCCAACCUUCCUGUCAAUAGAAAUCAGACCCCCUUCCUCCCUCCUCGUCCCCUACAGGCUCCACCCUCCCAUGAUGAUCAUGUAGAUCUACCGCCCCAUCUCAGGCAACAGCAUCAUAGCCAACUGCAACAGCAUCAGAAAGGACCUCAGGAGCGAAUCUCACAGACACAACAAUUGCAAGAACCUCAACGACAACAGCAGCCAUUGAAACAGCCUUAUCCCUUUGUAAGACCAAACAACCUCAAUUCUAACCCAGAAACCCCUGGUCCUGUGCCUAACGACUCUGUUGCUGAAAUUUCUGGAGCUGGAACUGAUUUUGCUGCACACCUCUCCUCUCUCCUAACCUCAUUCUUUACCACCACCCCGUCCCCUCUACCUCCUGUCCCCUCCCUUCCUUCACUAGUAGAAGAUACAGUAUUUUCAGAUGUUUUCAAAGGAUUUGGAAGAGAAAGGCAGGCUGUUCCCCCAACAGGAGUAAGUGUUCUGCUAAGACGUCCAGCAAACACAGACUCUUCGACAGUAUCACCUGCUGUGUCUUCAGAUUCAUCUCCUGCCGUAUCCUCAGCUGUAUCUCCUUCAGUGUCUUCAUCUCUAUCCCCAUCAGAAAUAGCAACUACAGCUAAUUUACCUGGAACUGAGACAACCAUUGAUCAAACCGAUGAAGAAACAACAACAACAGCUUUUAGAGACCUAGCAUUUGCAGCUCAAGACACAACUUUUUCGCAGGAAGAUACUCCUGCAACUGUUAAAGAUACUUUUACAACUGUUAAAGAUACAACCGAUGCUGUAAGCGAUACAACAGAAUCUGUAACAGGAGCUGAAGCUGAAGAAUCAAAAUCAACUGCUUCCUAUCCCUACAAUCCUAGACCUCUUAACUUAAACAACAUUGCUAGAAACAAACCAACUCUUCGUCCUAGAAUCGUUCAACAGCAACCUUUCAGACCACAGCAAAGUGUAUUUAGACCACUACCGACAACAACAUUAAGCCCAGCUGUUCAGGAAGUAGUUGAUGAAUACACAAAUGGGUUUCAGGUUGGAACUGAGGACCAGAGUGUACUGCAAACAAUGAAAAAGAAUUUUGAACAAAAGAAAAAUAUUUUUGCUCAGUUUGUAAAUAUUGAACAGGAGGAUGCCCCCUUCUUACCCAACUCCGAUAUAUCUGGUUCAGAUUGGACCAAGAUGAAACCCUACGCUCUCCGCUCCAUGACCGCUCCCAACCUAGGCUCCGCCCAACCACGAACAACAACCCAAGAUCCUACAACGGAACGAUCAAGUUUACCGCCGGCGGAUCUGCCGAAUCCUAACACACCAAACUUUCCAUCGGAGAGGAACGCGGAGGGAGGGUUUAAACCAAUGUUACCCAGAACAAAAUAAUUUAUUAUUUUUUUUUAUAAUGUCCACUCAUUACUCGCUCAAAAAUCAUUACUCAUUUUACUCAUUUAGUCUUUUUUGAAUUCAUUAUCUGUUUGGCAAUUUGGCGGUUUUUUGUAAAAAAGAAAUCAGAAAAAUUAAAACAAUCCUUUUCCCGUACUCCUUUUGUAGUCUAAUGAUUACCUUUCUUUCAAAGAGCUUUUCUGUUUUUGAUCUUAAACAUCAAAAUAUGAAAUAUGACGACUUUCUAAACUAAAUAAAAAAUCGUCUUCCACUUGGUUUUGGUUUUGGACUUUUAGUCCAAGGGAAAAUAAUAAUUAUACGUUAUCUAAACUGUACAUUUUAACAUGGUGUUGCAUGGCACUAAAGUAAUAAAUUAUAUUUUUGUUUA